CGGACAUCUCAUGUGUAGCGUCGUGUACUUCCGUCGCUUGUUCGGAAGCUGAUUUGAAAUGAAUCGAUAGACAUUUGUUGUUUUUCGCCGUUUCAAUGGCGGUUUUUAUGCAUUCAUUUCCGCACAUAAAUAAAGCCAUAUGACAUAAACUGGGGGAUUAACAUUCAUAUUCACCCACUGUACUAUGUUCCAGAAGAUGGCUGAAUUUGGUCCAGAUUCCGGGGGGAGAGUUAAGGGUGUGACUAUUGUGAAGCCCAUCGUUUUUGGAAAUGUUGCCCGCUACUUUGGAAAGAAGAGGGAGGAGGACGGACACACGCACCAGUGGUCCAUUUACGUGAAGCCCUACAGAAACGAGGACAUGUCUGCGUACGUGAAGAAGAUACAGUUCAAGCUGCAUGAGAGUUACACAAAUCCAUUGAGAGUGGUGACCAAGCCUCCCUAUGAGAUCACCGAGACCGGCUGGGGAGAGUUUGAGAUCAUCGUCAAGAUCUUCUUCAUUGAUCCGAAUGAGAGACCCGUGACCCUGUACCACCUGCUGAAGCUGUUCCAGUCGGACUCCAGCGCCAUGCCCAAGAAGACGGUGGUGUCGGAGUUCUAUGACGAAAUGAUCUUCCAGGACCCGACCGCCAUGAUGCAGCAGCUGCUCACCACCACGCGGCAGCUGACCCUCGGGGCGUACAAGCACGAGACCGAAUUCGGAGAGCUGGAGGUGCGGACGCGGGAGAAGCUGGAGGCGUCGAAGAAGAGGACGAGCCAGGAGAUCACGGAGCUGAAGGACAAGCUGAAGGCCAGCAGGGAGAGCAUCAACCACCUGAAGAUGGAGAUCAGGAGGCUGGAGGAGGACGGAGACGUCAAGGACCACUGAGGCUGGCCCCCCCCACACACACACACACGCAGCCAGAGAGACACACACACACACACACACACACACCACAC